AUGACAGGUGUGCUUGAAACAGUCAAAUCCAUAGCAUCAAACGAAGGAUUUGUAUCUGAAGUUCCACAUUUAUAUGGAGAAGAAGCUCAUCAUAAAGUUAAAUCACACGAAUUCGAUACGAACAGUAUAAAUAAUACCAAUUACAAUAGCAAUGUAUUUGUUCCAGCAUAUGAUGAAAGAGAAGUUACUGUGAAAGAAUGGUUUCAAUAUAUUUUUGCUAAUCCACUAAAAAUGAUAGUUGAUUAUCUUUUUUCCUUGUUUCCAAUUCUUAAAUGGAUUUUGCAUUAUAAUAUUAGAUGGUUAUAUGGUGACUUGGUUGCUGGUAUUACUGUCGGUGUUGUUUUAGUGCCACAAUCUAUGUCAUAUGCUCAAUUGGCAGGGUUAGAAGCACAAUACGGUUUAUAUUCUUCCUUUGUUGGUGUCUUUAUUUAUUCAUUUUUUGCCACCUCCAAAGAUGUUUCCAUCGGUCCUGUUGCCGUUAUGUCGUUACAAGUGUCUAAGGUCAUUGCUCAUGUCCAAGAUAAGUUUGGUGACAAGUAUGCCCCACCAGAAAUUGCUACAUUUUUGUCAUUGAUUUGUGGUGGUAUUGCGCUUGGUAUUGGUUUGUUACGUUUAGGAUUUAUUUUAGAAUUCAUUUCCAUCCCUGCAGUCAUGGGUUUCAUGACCGGUUCUGCAUUCAACAUUAUCACAGGUCAAGUCCCAGGUUUAAUGGGUUAUAACAGUAAAGUUAACACAAGAGACAGUACUUAUCUUGUUGUUGUCAAUACAUUGAAGCAUUUACCUGAUUCAACCGUUGAUGCUGCCUUUGGGUUGAUUCCAUUACUCAUCUUAUACUUGUGGAAAUUUCUGACUGAUUAUGCUCAAAAAAGAUACCCAAGAUAUAAAAUGUACUUUUUCUACUUUCAACAAUUGAGAAAUGCCAUUGUUAUCAUUGUUGCCACUGCUAUAUCAUGGGGUAUUGUGCACCCUAAAAAAGUUGCCUUCAAUGGUCCUUCCUCCAAAUUUAAACCACCAAUCAAGACUAUUGGUGAUGUUCCAAGUGGGUUGCGUCACGUUGGUGUCAUGACAGUUCCUGACGGUAUAAUCAGUGCUAUGGCCUCUGAAAUCCCCGUCUCUACGGUCAUUUUGUUGUUGGAACAUAUUGCCAUUUCUAAAUCAUUCGGUAGAAUUAAUGAUUAUAAAGUGAUUCCUGAUCAAGAAGUUAUUGCCAUUGGUGUCAAUAACUUAAUUGGUACUUUCUUCAACGCUUACCCAGCUACUGGUUCCUUUUCAAGAUCUGCAUUGAAAGCAAAAUGUGGUGUCAGAACUCCUUUGGUAGGUAUUUUCACUGGUGCUGUUGUUUUGUUGGCUUUAUAUGCAUUAACAAAGGCAUUUUAUUACAUUCCUAAAGCAACUUUAUCUGCGGUCAUUAUUCAUGCUGUUUCAGAUUUGAUUGCAAACUACAAAAUCACUUGGUCAUUCUGGAAGAUGAGUCCAAUUGAUUGUGGUAUCUUUUUGAUUGCUGUUAUCUUAACCGUUUUUGUUACCAUUGAAGCUGGUAUUUACUUUGCUAUUGCUGCUUCUGUUGUCGUAUUGUUAGUAAGAGUUGCUAUUCCUCAUGGUCAAUUCUUGGGUAAAAUCCAAAUUGCCGAGGUUGUUAAUCCUGUUAUUGAACAAACAGGAUCUCAUGAUGAAAACAAUGCCUCUGCUUCUGAUGGCACUAGUUACUCUAGUGAUUUGGAAAUUCAUCAAGUUUUAUCUGAAGGUACAAAUUACAAGUCAACUGAUGAAACUGGUAAAUUGAAAUCUAAAGAAGAUAUCAAACCAGUAGAAGGUGUUACAGCUUCUGCUUUACAGAGAAAUAACCCACAAGUGAAAUUCCAUACACGUUGGGUGCCAUUGAACAACGAAAAUAUCAAUGCUGGCAUAAAAGUUCAACCUCCACCUCCAGGAGUUGUGGUAUUUAAACCUGUUGAAUCGUUUACAUAUCCAAAUGCAUCUAGACAAGUUGAUAAAGUUUCUGAUGAAGCAAAGAGAUUGACCAGAAGAGGGAAACCAUUUGAUUAUUCUAAAAUUGGGUCUAGACCUUGGAAUGAUCCAGGUCCAUUGAGAUGGAACUUGCCAUGGUCCAAGAAAGAGAAGGUUGAAGAAAAAGUUGAAGAUAACCGUCCAAUUUUGCGUAUCGUGCAUUUCGAUUUUUCUACUGUUGCUUCUAUUGAUGUAACUGCUAUACAGGCAUUAGUUGAUUUGAGAAAAGCUUUAAAUGCUUAUGCUGAUCGUGAAGUUGAAUUCCAUUUCUCGGGUAUUUUGAGCCCUUGGAUUAGAAGGGGUUUGUUAAAUGCUGGAUUUGGUACAUAUGAAGAUGGCUUGCUUUCUACUAAUAAUUAUGUCAACAUUGCUGCUGGAUACCAAGACUUGGAAGACCACGCCGAUGAACCAUAUUAUGCUGCUACUGGUACAAAUACUCCAUUUUUCCAUUUAGACAUACCCAACUACUCAUGA